CAACUAAUUAAAGAAAAUUUAUACAAAAAUCGAAAUUUACAUUCAAUUCAUAGCAGCUGUCAGACAAUUUAAAGAAAGUGGACAAAGAUCUCUGCAGCCGAUAUGAUCUUCCAUGACUGCCUAAAGCAGUGUGAACAGACAUUGAUUAAGGAUGAAACGCUCGACGCUGAUGCGCAGCAAGGACUGCCUGCUGCUGCGAACGCAGUUGGAUUGCUUAUGGCCAAAGGGCGGCGCUGUUGCUCGGCAGUUUAAGAUGAACGAAUACUUUCGCAAUGAAUCGGAUCACUGUUCCGGCGUGCUGGAUGUUGUUAAGGAGAAAAUACGCGAGAGAAUAGGCUUAGAGUAUGGCUACAGAGCAGUGCCCAAGUCGCGUGAGCAUUUGCUUAAGCAUCAGCCCAAGCCGGAGGAAUUGCCGGCCCGCAGCAUGGUUGAUAGCUACACUACGGCGACGUUAGCAUUGAGCACAGACGUGAUGUUUAGAGAGCGAUAUAUAAAUCAUUUGAAUAGAGUGCGUUUGGGUCGGCUCAUAGAGGAGCUGGAUAUGUUUGCAGUCUGGCUCUGCCAUCGGCACAUAACGGUGCCUCAAUUGCCAGAGGGCGUGGCGCUGCCCUAUAGCUUUGUCACCUUGCUGGUGGACAAAGUGGAGUUUAGCAACAUCAAGUAUCUGAAGGCCAAUCAAGAUAUUGCGUUCAGUGGCUUUGUAUCCUGGACGGGCAAGAGUUCCAUGGAGCUGAUUAUCUAUGUACGCCAGCACAAGGCUACGAAUCAGUUUAUAGAUAUUACCAAGGCCAUCUUUUUAAUGGUAGCACGCAAUGCCACCAACACAGGUCCAGCGCCAGUGAAUCCCCUAAAGCCCGCUAACGAAAAGGAACAAGAAAUCUGGCAGGAGGCUGACGCGCGUCAGAAGCAGCGCAGAAAGGAUCAAGCCGAUACUGUGUUCACCUCUAGACCACAGGAGCAUGAGUAUGCCAUUAUGUAUGGCCUGCUUCAGCGCACUACACCCGCCGAUUCGUUUGAUUUGAAUGUGCGUCAGUUGCCACCCAAGUGCCGCUGGAUGUCAGACAGUCAGCGAUCUACAAACAUACUGCCCUUUCCGGAAAGUCGCAAUGCACAGAACACCAUAUUUGGUGGCUAUAUAAUGCGGCAGGCUGUGGAAAUUAGCUUUAUCAUGGCCAGCAUCUAUGUCAACGGCUGGCCCUUACUAAAGUGCAUAUCGGACAUUAGCUUUAUGAAGCCCGUGAUGGUGCAAAGUAUAGUGGAGAUGACUGCUCAUGUGGUGUACACCUCGCAUAACUACAUACAGAUCAUGACUGUGGCAAGGUUGUGGAAUUAUGUAGAGGGCACCAGCGACAUCACCAACGUGUUCUAUUUAACCUACAGAGCAGACAAGACUGUGGACGAAGUGCUGCCUGGCAGCUAUCGGGAGAUGCUUUGGUACAUACAUGGGCGACGAAAAUUCUUGGCGGCGCUCAAUCUACAGCCACAGUUUCCGUUGUCGCCAGAAAACAUUGAUGCCUCACAGGGCAAUAAACAACACAAUUAG